AUGUCUACUCCGCCCGUCGCCUUCAACCGCCUCAAGCAGAUUGCCACCGAUGUGUGCAACAGUGCUAUUGGCAGCGCCGAGUUCUACGACCACGCCAAGACGGAGCAGUGGAACUCCAACAUCAUUAGCUCGAUGCUCAAGGCCGUCAUUUCCGAGUCGACCCCGCAGGGCGCCGGCGCACCGUCGUUCAAGUUCGCGUGCAACAGCACCAUCGUGCAGCACCUGGUGCCGACGUCGGCGCUGAACAAGCCGCGCGCGGGUGCGGACGGACGGGACGCGGCGCCGCACGUGUCGACGAGCACCGAGACGGCGCCGACAGCGACGGACGGCAAGCCGCACGUGGGCCGGCGGGGUAUGCACAGCGCGACGGGCGCGUACUGGGACGAGAAGAAGGACGGCAUGUGGACGUUCAAGUACGACGGCGGCGAGGGCAAGGGCAUGGAUGUGGUGAUCAUGCUGAUCUGGGUGGCGAUUUAG